AUGGACUACGAUGUUUUGAUCAUUGGCGGCGGUUUUGGGGGAUGCUAUGCAUUGCACCAGCUGCGCAGGUCGGGCUUUUCGGCACACAUCGUGGAAGCCGGAUCGGCGCUCGGUGGCGUAUGGCACCGGAACAGCUACCCCGGAGCACGAGUUGACUCAGAGACGCCCUACUAUCAACUUUCUCUGAGGGAAGUCUGGAAAGACUGGACAUGGUCGCAACGCUUUCCGGGGCACGAGGAGCUGAAGAGCUACUUCAGACAUGUCGACAAAGUUCUCGACAUUUCCAAAGACGUGACCUACAACACUGUUGUGAUCGGCGCCGAUUUCGACGCCGCAACAGCCAAGUGGAUCAUCACAACUGAUGCGGGACGCAUCAUCACAUCACGCUUCUUGGUUCCGGCGACGGGCACUUCAAUCAAACGCUAUGAGCCCGAUUUCAGGAGAAAGGGUUCCUUCAAUGGCAUUGUUAUACACCCUGCAGCAUGGCCAGAUUCCGGCAUCAAUCUUCGGAACAAACGAGUUGCCAUCAUUGGAUCAGGUGCGACAGGGGUUCAAUGUGUACAAGAAGUUGCGAAACAGCCCGGCGUGGAGCUGACUGUGUACGUACGAAAUGUCAACAUUGCGCUGCCAAUGCGCCAACGCGAAAUCUCAGAACUUGAGCAGGAUAGCUUGAAAGCGAUUUACAAGACACUUUUCAAGGUGGCGAGGGAUAGCAGCGCCGGGCUACCAUGCGAUGGGCCUACUCAGGUUACGGGGUCGACCACAACGGAAGAGAGGGAGGCAUGGUGGGAGGAACUAUGGAAAAGAGGGGCAUUCAACUUUCAGACCGGACAGUAUACGGACUUCUUGGUGGACGCAGAAGCGAACCGAUUGAUUUACGAAUUCUGGGCAAAGAAGACGAGGUCUCGGGUGCGGAACCCGGAGAAGCGAGCCAUCUUGGUGCCUGACAAACAACCAUACCCAUUCGGAACGAAACGAAGCAGCUUGGAGCAGGAUUACUACGAAUGCAUGGACCAGGAAAAUGUGCAAAUAGUAAAUGUGAAGAAGACGGCCAUCCGCGAAUGGACAGUGCGCGGUAUCGUAACCGAAGACGGAAGGGAGAGGGAGCAUGACAUUAUCGUUCUAGCAACGGGAUACGACAGUAUGACUGGAUCUUUAACUAAUAUGGGACUUCGUGGUAAAGACGGGAUCGAUAUGAAAGAUAGGUGGGGACAGGGCGUUUGGACGUAUCUUGGCUUGAUGACUCGAGGGUGUCCAAACAUGUUCAUGAUAUACGGACCGCAAGCUCCUACCGCUUUGACAAACGCACCAGUGUUCAUCGAGCAGCAAGUGGAGUUAAUUACAGACUUCCUAGUGAAGCUACGAGCGGAAAAGAUCACAUCCAUUGAGCCACGCCGUUCAGCUGAAGAACUCUGGAAGAAAAGAGUACAAGCAAUACACGAGGCUCUGCUUUUCAGAAAGAGCGAUACAUCAUGGUACGUGGGAGGGAAUAUUCCCGGCAAGAAGAAGGAGCAGCUCAACUAUCUCGGUGGAAUCCCUCAAUACCUUCAAGAAUGCCGCGAAGGCACCAAUGACUGGAGCAAUUUCGAUGUCGUCUUGGGAGUUGGAAGUGCAGACUGA